CUCCUCCCUUUCCCCUGCAGGCCACGCCCACAGUCACAUGACCCGCUUCGCACAAAAACAGAGCCCUCAGCCUGUCAGCUCGGUGGUCCUCGGAGCGUGUGCUGGGUUUGUGACAUGGCGCAGGCGGGUGUGUUUCUGGAACAUGACCAGUUUAACUGCUCGAUCUGUCUGGAUGUGCUGAAGGAUCCGGUCACGGUGCCGUGCGGUCACAGCUACUGUAAAGCCUGCAUUAAGGGCUACUGGGACCAGGAUGAUUAUCUGGGGGUUUAUGGCUGCCCUCAGUGCAGGCAGAGCUUCACUCCCAGGCCUGUGCUGGGCAGGAACACGAUGCUGGCUGACGUGGUGGAUAAACUGAAAAAGACAGCGAUUAAUUCAGCUUCUCCACUCAAAUCCGAGCCCAGUCAAGCCGAGGCGGGGGACGUGCAGUGCGACGUGUGCGCAGGAAGCAGAAACCGAGCCGUCAGGUCGUGCCUGGUGUGUCUGGCGUCGUACUGCGAGGAACACCUGAAGCCGCACUACGAGUCCGCCGCUUUCCAGAAGCACAGACUCACAGCACCCACCUCCGCCCUGCAGGAAAGCCUGUGUCUCCGCCAUGACAGGCUGCUGGAGGUUUUCUGCAGGACGGAGCAGCGGUGCAUCUGCUAUCUGUGUUUAACCGACGAGCACAAGGGCCAUGACACGGUGCUGGCCUCCACCGAGAUAAGCGAGAAAAAGGAUGCUCUGGCAGAAACACAAAGGAAAUCCCAGCAGAGAAUUGAGGAGAGAGAGAAGGAAUUGCAGGAGCUGAGGCGAGCCACUCAGUCGCUCACUCUCUCAGCACAGGCAGCUCUGGAGGAGAGCGAGCGGAUCUUCACAGAGCUGGUUUGCUCGAUAGAGCGGCGGCGUACGGAGGUGAAGGAGCUGAUCCGCACUCAGGAGAGAGCGGCCACCAGCCAAGCUGAGGAGCUUCUCCGCCAGCUGGAGCAGGAGAUCGCUGAGCUGAAGAAACGAGACGCUGAGUUAAGCCAGCUCGCUCAAACCGAGAACCAGAUCUCCUUCCUGCAGAACUACGGCUCGGUGUGUGUCCAGCCCGUGUGUAUGGACGUCCCCAGCAUCACAGUGGACCCUGGUUUUGGGUGUGUGAUGAGCGCGGUGUCUGAAUUCCAAGCCCUGCUCGAUGAUGUGUGCCAAGGUGGAUUUGUGAAUAUUUCAGAAAAAGUCAGUGAAGUUACCAUUAUUCAGAAUACCAAGCCAAAGGCUGACGCAGAGUCGAACACAGAUCUUCAGACACCUCCAGUCUUUCAAGGUUUUGUUGGCCAAAACACUUUUAGUGUUGCAGUGCCAAUGUUUGGUGGUUUCACAAUGUCAUCACCAAAUGGCUGCAGGGCGACUCCUCGACUGAGACUUCAUCAGCGCAGAAGACGGCGGUAGCAUCGCAACUGACGACACUAACACUUUAAUCAGUAUUCAGCAUUUCAAUGUUAUUGAUAUUUAUAUUAUAUAUAAUAUGUUUGACGAUUUUUCUUAUUUAAAAAACAAGUAAUUUAAAAAAAAGCAAGAUAACAAUGUACUAUAUACAAAUAUAAGUGUGUUACAGAGGCCAGAUUUAUGAGUGGUUUUAUUUUUGAAAAAUGGCAACAGGAUGUGAACAAGCUUUACGAGAGCCUGGACCUUUCUGUUUAAAAGGUUGAUAUAAAUUAUUUAUCUGCAGUAGAAAUGUGACUGUAUCUGCUGUGAAUUGAUUUCAAUAAUGUGCACAAGUUAUUAACAAUUAUAAUGCAGAAAAAAAAUAAUAGCUUUGUGUUUUAAUUAUGCCAAGUUUUAUUCAUGAAGCUUGUGGUAAGUGCUUUAAUGUUUGCGAAAUAAUGU